AUGGACGACUCGGAAGUGGAGUCAACUGCCAGCAUCCUGGCCUCCGUCAAGGAGCAGGAGGCGCAGUUUGAGAAGCUGACCCGGGCGCUGGAGGAGGAGCGGCGCCACGUCUCGGCGCAGCUGGAGCGCGUCCGGGUCUCCCCACAGGACGCCAGCCAGACGAUGGCCAACGGCACCCUCACCCGCCGGCAUCAGAACGGCCGUUUCCUGGGCGAUGCUGACCUGGAGAGGCAGAAAUUUCCAGAUCUGAAACUCAACGGACCACCGGACCGCAGCCACCUCCUCUACAGCACGAUCCCCAGGAUGCAGGACCCAGGCCAGAUUGUGGAGGAGACGUAUACCAUGGAGGAGGACCCAGAGGGCGCCAUGUCUGUUGUCUCAGUGGAGACAUCUGAUGAUGGGACCACCCGGCGCACAGAGACCACGGUGAAGAAGGUGGUGAAGACUGUGACCACGCGGACAGUACAGCAGGUCCCCGUUGGGCCGGAUGGGUUGCCUGUGGAGGGUUCUCCUGUCUCCAAUAACUACAUCCAGACAGUGGACAGGAACUUCCGUAAAAAUGGCAACGGGGGGCCUGGCAGCUACCUGGGCCAGCCUGGCACCGCCACACUCCCCCGUAACUAUCACUACCCAGAUGGCUACGGUCGCCCCUAUGAGGACGGCUACCCUGGCAGCGACCACAGCUAUGGCAGCCUGUCCCGUGUGACCCGUAUCGAUGAACGUUACCGUCCCGCCAUGGAUGGCUACCGGGCCCCGAGCCGUCAGGAUAUCUACGGUCCCCAGCCACAGGUGCGGGUAGGGGGGAGCAACGUGGACCUGAACCGCUUUCACCCAGAGCCAUAUGGGCUGGAAGACGACCAGCGCAGCAUUGGUUAUGAAGACAUGGACUAUGGGAUGAUGCCGGACUAUGGCACUGCCAGGCGGGCGGGGACUCCCUCAGACCCCAGGCGGCGACUCAGGAGUUAUGAGGAUAUGCUGGUGGAUGAGGUGGCCCCUGAUCAGUACUACUGGGCCCCACUGGCCCAGCAUGAGCGUGGCAGCCUGGCGAGCCUGGACAGCCUGCGGAAGGGAGGGCCCCUGCCAGCCAACUGGCGCCAGCCAGAGCUGCCUGAGGUGAUUGCCAUGCUGAAUUUCCGCCUGGACGCGGUCAAAUCCAACGCGGCGGCUUACCUGCAGCACCUGUGCUACCGCAACGACAAGGUGAAGACGGAGGUGCGAAAGCUGAAGGGCAUUCCGGUGCUGGUAGGGCUGCUGGACCACCCCAAGAAGGAGGUACACUAUGGGGCCUGUGGGGCCCUCAAGAACAUAUCUUUUGGCCGAGACCAGGACAACAAGAUUGCCAUCAAGAACUGCGAUGGUGUCCCUGCCCUGGUGCGGCUGCUGCGCAAGGCCCGUGACAUGGACCUCACUGAGGUCAUCACAGGGACGUUGUGGAAUCUCUCCUCUCAUGACUCUAUAAAGAUGGCCAUUGUGGACCACGCGCUGCAUGCCCUCACUGACGAGGUCAUCAUCCCGCGCUCCGGCUGGGAGAAAGAGCCCAACGAGGACUCCAAGCCACGCCACAUAGAGUGGGGGUCGGUGCUCACCAACACCGCUGGCUGCCUUAGAAACGUGAGCUCUGAGCGGAGCGAGGCUCGUCGGAAACUGCGUGAGUGCGACGGGUUGGUGGAUGCCUUGAUAUACAUUGUCCAGUCGGAGAUUGGCCAGAAAGACUGCAACAGCAAGCUGGUCGAGAACUGUGUCUGCCUGCUGCGGAACCUAUCGUAUCAAGUCCACCGUGAGAUCCCGCACGCUGAGCGCUACCAGGAAAUGCCUCUUAACCCCGCCAACAAUGCUGGGCCCCACGCUGCCAGCUGCUUUGGUGCCAAGAAAGGCAAAGAUGAGUGGUUCUCCAGAGGCAAAAAACCUCUAGAAGAGCCUGGUGCCGAUACAGUGGACUUUCCCAAAAGAACAAGCCCUGCAAAAGGGUAUGAGCUCCUCUUCCAACCAGAAGUAGUCCGGAUAUAUAUCUCGCUGCUGAAGGAGAGCAAGACCCCUGCCAUCCUAGAGGCCUCAGCAGGAGCCAUCCAGAACCUGUGUGCUGGUCGCUGGACGUAUGGCCGGUACAUCCGUUCGGCGCUGCGCCAGGAAAAGGGGCUCUCUGCUGUCGCUGACCUCCUGACCCACGACAGUGAGCGGGUGGUGAAAGCAGCAUCCGGCGCCUUGCGUAACCUGGCAGUGGAUUCCCGCAACAAAGAACUGAUAGGUAAACAUGCCAUCCCCAACCUAGUGAAGAACCUGCCAGGCGGGCAGCAGACCCCAGCCAAGAACCUGUCUGAGGACACGGUGGUGUCGAUCCUGAACACCAUCAACGAGGUCAUUGUGGACAAUCUGGAGGCCGCCAAAAAACUGCGUGAGACUCAGGGCAUCGAGAAGCUGGUGCUGAUCAACAAAUCUGGGAACAGAUCAGAGAGGGAAGUCCGAGCCGCUGCCCUUGUGUUGCAGACAAUUUGGGGGUAUAAGGAACUGCGGAAGCCACUGGAGAAGGAAGGAUGGAAGAAAUCUGACUUCCAGGUGAAUCUAAACAAUGCCUCUCGGAGCCAGGGAGGUAACUCGUUCGAUGACAGCACCUUGCCCCUCAUUGACAGGAACCAAAAAGCAGAUAAGAAAUCCUCCCGAGAGGAGAUCCAGAUGAGCAACAUGGGACCAGACAACAACUACACCACACUGGAGGAGAGAGACCACAAUAGGACCCUAGACCGGUCUGGAGACCUGGGCGACGUGGAGCCGCUGAAGGGAGCACCGUUGAUGGAGGAUGAAAGGCAGGAUUCCCUGCAUGAGGAGGAUGACGACCUGUUGGCUUAUCCGCCUAUGCAGAAGAUCUAG